AUGGAGAUAUGGCAGCAAAUAUUUUCUCAGAAGAUUGGGCAGAUGAAACCAGGAGACAGGUGGACUCUGAAGGUGGAUUAUAACCUUCAGUCCAACGACCUGGACCCUGGAUGGAAGCAAUUCCUGCAACAACAUGCGUUUGCCAGGUUUCAGUGCUCACAGUGCUGGCACACCUGGCACUCGGCUCAGGUGAACAUUCUCUUCCACAUGCACCUGGACCGGAAGCAGAGACGGGGCCAGGUGAAGAUGAAAAUCUUCAGACAAGAGUGCAAGAAGUGCCUUGUGCCGAAACUGGAACUGCCUGAAUUCAGCCAGGAGAACGUCGAGAGAGUCCUGGAGAACCUGAUGCUGAAGAUUCGCGGGAAAUGCUACAGAGAGGCCAUCAAUCCCCAUGACCUGUCCAAGAUCAUUGUGGAAGCUCAGAUAAUGGGGCCGCAUGAUAGCUCCCACUGUGAAGCCUGCCGGCUGGGCAUCUGUUGCAUGAAAUAUGAAGCCCAAGCACCAGCCAGCACCUUCUUUAGGCCUGCUUCUCUAUUGCCACGCAUCUUUCCUGCCCAGGAGGAAUGGAGCGAAGCAGAGACGGGGAGCGGCCGUGACUCGGGGAGCAGCUGUGACUGGCGGCGCUUCUGUUGCUACAGUUGUUGUUUGGUCAUAUUUUUGGCUGUGCUCAUUUUUGUUCUGCUUUAUUUCAAAAACAAGUAG